GGCCUUCCCACGCGGGGUCUGCUUGCAUACGUCCAGCCAUGAGGGAGCAAAGCAGGGGUGUGCAGCCUGGUAGCGCCUGACCCCUGGGACUCAAGGCACAGGAAGUGGCCAUGCCUACCUGUCUACCAUUCCAAACACACCUGUCAGAUGAAGUCACUUCACUCCAAGGCAGGGGGAAGUGAAGGGUGGAGGGCGGCCAGAGCUAGCUUACUGGAGUUCCGUCCACAGGGAGGGAAAGCUCUGAGUGGGCAUGACUACAUGCCCCACACACCCGACGGAGGGAGAGGCAGCGAUGACAUAAAAGCUGGGCAAGUCCAUUGUCCUGGGCAGCGGCCCUCCCGGUCACACUGAAGGCCCACGACCUGGAGCCAUGCUGCUCCAGCCCCAGCCCAACUCCUGCACCUCCCGGCCUAGCCGGUCAUUGAGAAGAACGCUGAGCGCCUACUGUGCACCAGGGAAUCGGUGAGUGGGCAGGCAAAGUCCAAGAUAACCAUGGUGUGAGUGAGCGAGGGUUGGGGUUUUCUUUCAUGUAAGUGAUCCAGGGUUGACAGGUGCUCAAGGACUCCCUCCAGUCUGCCUCCUGCUGUCCCUGCUGUCUCCUCUGCUGUGGCCUCUCUUCCGGGUGCACCUCAUGGUUUCGGGAAGCUGUGCCAGCUCCAGCCAUCAUGCCUUCAUCCCAGUCACUAGGGAAGACGAUAGUUCACUCACCGCUUGGGCUUACCCUCCACCAGCCAAAAUUAAGUCAUGGGGUACACGCCUAGGAGGACCGCCUCGUUCUAGGCAGCCAGGUACCCCACUAAAGUUCAGGGGUUUGAGGAACAAGGCAGAACCAAUACUGAGGGACAGCGAGCAGGCUUUGCCUGCGGCCCAGGGAGAAGACGGGGUCGGGGGAUGCCUAUGGCUGGUCCUUCCAAACCCCUGCGGCCUCAGAGGGUGGCAGAAAGUGAGCCCGUGGAGUUUUAAAUGGGACAGGACUCACUUUCUUCAAAAAGUGGCAAUGACCAGGAAGUGACCCCUGUGUAGGGUCUUAGCCUGCCAGCCAUGGUUAUGAACUGCGUGUCCCUAAAUUUACACAUCACAGACCUAACACCCAGGACUUGGAAUAUGACUGCAUUUGGAGACAAAGCCUUUAAAGAAAUGAUUGCAUUAAAAUGGGGGCGGGGGCUGAUCCCGUCUGGACUGUGUCCUUCUGAGGGGAGGACACAGACACGAGCAGAGGGACGAACUUGUGGGGGCGCAGCGAGAAGAUGGCCGUCCCCUAGCGCAGGAGGAACCAGCCUGCCAGCACUCCGAUCUCAGACUUUCAGCUUCCAGGAUAUGAGACAAUAAAUUUCCACGCUGGCAGCCACACGGGCUGUGGCUCUCUGUUACGGCAGCUCCAGCAAGUUCACGCAGCGUGGCCGGAAACAGUAACCGAGCUGGUACGCACCCCUGGGAUCCCAGGCUGUCAGGGGUUCAGGGCCUACAACUCCAAGAGCAGCAUGGGCUGGGGUGGCCCCUCCCAGAGUAAGUGGCACCGAAGGCUAGACCCAGGAAUUCCCCCAAGGAGGCAGAGGCAAAGCAGGACGGGCUCUAGGCAGCAGGCAGAAGGCAGGGAGAGGUGGGACCUCACGAGCCAGCUCGUCCAGUCUGUGAGUCUGAGCCUGGGGUGUGCUGAGGGAACAGAGAUCCCAUAAGGCAGAGGUGAGACGUUUUAGGAGACUCAGUGGAGGACAGCAUGGAGGUGUGGAGGGUAGGGGGGGGGGGCUGGUGUGGGUACGGUGUCAGACCACCACAGACCUUCCUGUGGAAGGCGCCUCCUCCCAUACCCCUGAGCCGAGAGCAGCCACAAGACACACAUCCUGGGGACAGCCCCCCAGGCUCGCUCGGGGCAGCAGGUGGGGGCAGGGCAGUCCAGGACUGCCAGGGUUCCCUGAACUGGACAUUGAGAACCUUGGCCCCCAUCACAAUGGGCCGAGAUUCCGGGGAUAAGCUGAACUGCGUGCAGUUCUGCUGAGCAGGCUCAGCACAGGGAGGGCGGGAGGUGCAGAGGGUCCCGAGAGGACCCGGAGGGCCAUCAUGAAGACGCGCAGCGAGGCAGAGGCGGACGAGCAAAUCCAGGAGCUGAAGACGAUCACUCGGCUCCAGGAGCAAUGCCGGGCACUGCAAAUCCAAGCGGUAAAGGAGAAGACGGCCAAGAACAAAAGCACGCUGGCCCUCCUGCGCAGCGGCAUCCGUCGCGGGACCCAAGACUGGGCUUUGGCCAAAAAGUACGACCAGCGGACCAUUUCCAAGGCUUGCAGGAAGGACGUGUCCAUGAGGCUGGCCCACGGCCGCUCCACCAUGGAGGUGGCGCGGGAGAAGCUGCGGAAGUACGUGUUCGACCGCGUGAACGUACACAACGUGCUGAUCCACCUGGUGCGGCGGCGGGGUCAGAAGCUGGAGAGCAUGCAGCUGGAGCUGGCCAGCCUGAGGAGCCAGCCGGCCGCCACCAAGGAGGAGCUGCACCUGCUGCAGGUCAUCCGCCAGCUGGAGAACAGCAUUGAAAAGACCAUGGUCAAGAUCACCACAAGUCAGAACAUCCACCUGCUGUACGUGGGCCUGCUGGAUUACCUGAAGAAAGAGCUGACCGGGUACCCCAUGGAGCUGGACAAGCUGCAGAAUCUGGUGGACGACUACUGCUCAGAGCUUUCAGACAUGACAGUCAUGUCCCAGGACGCUAUGAUGAUUACAGAUGAGGUCAAGAUGAACAUGCGGCAAGGGGAGGCGACUUUCAUCCAGGAACGCAGGGCUCGCGAGAACCGGCUCAAUCAGCAGAAAAAGCUGAUCGACAAGAUCCACACGAAGGAGACCAACGAGAAGUACCGCCGGGGCCGGCGGGACCUGGACUUCCCCUCCAAUCUGAUGGGUACAGAGACCGUGAAAGUAAGAAAAAGAGAGACCUCCGAGGCAGACAUCAAGUACCAGACAGAUGUGACCGCUUUGGUGGAGAAAGUGAAGACGGCGGUGCAGUGCUCCCACCUCUGGGACAUCGCUGGCCGGUUCCUGGCUCAGAGGAACACCGAGGAGAACCUGGAGCUGCAGACGGAGGACUGUGAGGGGCGGCGGGCGAAGCUGGAGGCUCUGAUGAAGAAGCUGGAAGUGGAACAGGCGGUCCUGAAGUUCCGCGAGACGCCCGCCUCCGCCAGCUUCAAGUCCGUGGAGAAGAAAAUGAAGGACAUGCUGAGAGAAGAGGAAGACAGACUGCGGCUAGCCUACGCCAGCACGACCAAGAGCCAGAAACUGCUGCUGACCAUCCAGACAGGCAUCGACAACCUCUUCAUCCGGCUGAUUGGCAUUGCCCUGCCCACAGCCCAGAAAGAAGUGGCGCUCUCCGACAGCCUCGACAUGUUCGGCAAGCUGGCGUACUGCGAAGCAAAGCUGCUGCACCUGGCCAACAGAGUGCAGACGCUGUCCAUCACCGAGGAGGUAGACACAAAGGUGAGGGAUACCCUAGAGACCUCGACUCUGAAGGAGAAGCACAACACCAGGGUCAGCUUUGAGGACCUGGAGGACGAUAUGAUAGAAACCUUCCAGUUCGCGGACGUGGACCACAGCUACGUGCCCUCGCGCGCCGAGAUCAAGCGGCAGGCCCAGCGGCUGCUGGAGGGCCGGCUCAGGGCGGCCAAGAAGAGGAGGAAGUAGCCCCCGCCCCACCCCGCCGGCUCUUCGGACUCAAAUAAACAUUUUUCCAGGACGGCUGGGGACACCGGGGACAGUGUGGGCGCGAACCCGGCGGCCGCGGACGUGGGGGUCGCGCUGGGAAGCGGGCGGAAAAGUGGGGCAUUGGGGGUGGGUCCGGCUGAGGGGUGAGUCGGGGUGGGCCCCGCGAGGACGCGGACGGGCGUGAGGCCCACCCCGAAAGCAGGGGGACAGCUCCGAGGACCGGCCGGCCGACGUGGCCGCCCGCCGCCGCCGCC